AUGGACGAAAACGUGAAUCAAAAUUUAAUUAAUCCAGCAGUACUUAUGGGUGUUGUUGAUAUUUUAAAUGAUGAUGAUCAAGAUGAAGCAAUUAGAAUUUUAGUGCAAAAUGAAGUAAGGGAGCAUCAUCCGAAAGUAGCUAAUUAUUUUGAGGAAGUAAUUCCUUCUUACUCAGUAUCAGACUUCAAAAGUCAUUUUCGAAUGACACCAACAACUUUCGCUACAUUAGUGGAUAAUAUCGCUCCAUUAUUAACUCCGAGAAAUGAUGGACCCAAUGUGUUAAGUCCAGAAAAACAAGUUUGUAUUGCUCUGUGGUAUUUCUGCAAUCAAGAUGUUUAUAGAUCAAUCGCUGAUCGUUUCGGGGUCUCCAUCAACACAUCUUGGAGAUGUACUAUAAAAGUAGCCUGUGUUUUAAAUGAAUUAUCUGCUGAUUAUAUAAGGUGGCCUCAACGUGAAGAAUUGCUACGAAUUGAACAAGCUUUUAGAGAGAUGGCGGGAUUUCGAAAUGUAGUUGGUGCUGUUGAUGGGACUCAUAUACAGAUAUCCGCUCCUCCAGAUAAUGCUGUCAGUUAUAUAAACCGCAAAAAUUUGUAUUCACUGAAUGUGCAAGCAAUAUGCGAUUGCGACCUAAAAUUCAUCGAUGUAUUCGCCGGAGUUUGCGGAAGCGUACACGACGCACGUCUUUGGACAAUGAGCGACAUUAGUGCUGCUAUGGCAGAAGAUCUGGCACGGUUUUGCCCAGGAGAAUUUCACAUUAUUGGUGAUAAGGCAUAUGGCAUUGAAUACUAUUUUAUGGUUCCAUAUAAAGAUAAUGGACAUUUAACACCUACGCAAGUGCAUUUCAAUUACAUUCAUUCGAAAACACGAAUGGUUAUAGAACGUGCGUUCGCCUUAUUAAAAGGUCGUUUUCGUCGACUGAAAUAUCUGUAUUUGCAGAAAAUUAGGUAUGGAGCUAUCAUAAUUAUGGCUUGUUGUGUGCUUCACAAUAUAUGCCUUGAUUUAGAUGAUGAGAUAAAUGAAGAAAUAUUGACAGAAGAAGAUUUUGUAAACGAUGACAUUGAAGAGUUUCGUGCUUUAAACAGACGUAAUGAUGCUGCCACUAGACGUAAAAGGGAUGCUAUUGCGGAAAUGCUCAUGCAAGUUCAUGAAAGAAGAAAUUAA